AUGUCCGGACCACCCAGCCUAGGACCUACUCGCAUCAUUCUCGAUGUGACGGGAGAUGUACCGGAUUGGAAGGAGGAAUACAAGAAAUUCUUGCUGUCAGUCAAGGACUCCGAUGGCUACUUCCGCUACCGAUGGGGGCCGUGGAAGGAGGACCCGAGCAAGUUGGAGAUUCUUGCCACCUGGGCUCCAGUUGAGAACCGCGCGGCGUUCGGCAAGUCCGAGCACCAUCAGAAGGCCGUUGACGCGCUGAAGCCGGUCAUCGCGGGCCCCAUGCCCACGAAGUGCCCUCGCUUCGAUCUUGACAUCCGCACAUUUGUGCCUCCGCCUCCCCAGCUGAUCAACAGUCCCAUUUGCGAGGUCAUUACGAUUCGUCACUGCACAGGAAACCGCGAGGCCAUGGCCGAGACUCUGAAGAAGGCAGAGACUCUGCCUGGCUGCCACGCCGCUCACUCUGGAAUUGGGGCGACGGACACUCCUGACCAGGGAACUGUGUGGAUUGGAUUCAUUGGAUGGAGAGACUACGAGUCUAGCAAGGAGGCAGACAAAUCUAUUUACACUCCGUCCGGCGUUGGUGAGGUUGAGAGCCACCACAUCAACUUCAACUUCCCCAUCAAGGGAUUCUCGGUCACGAACCCUGGCAGAUAG